UGUCUCCCACCCAAGCUGCUGGGUCAUCGAAGUCAUGCGACUUUGGUGAAACAGUUUGAUCUGGCCUGCCACAGGGAUAGAUUGACUGGCGAAUGUGCCGAAUUUCCCCGUGAUGCCACGUCAGUCGUUAGCGUUUUGAAAGAGUUGGAUGAUGUUUCCUGGAAUCGGCUCAACCAAAGCAGAGAUCAGGUGCACACUUCUUCACCCGUAGACGAUCACACAAAGCUGCAAAANUGCAAAAUAUCCUUGAUGUCUCCAAUAUUGCGUCUCAUUUCUCUACCCCCCUGGUUUCUUGUCCCAAAGCAAAAUCUGAACGAAAACGUCCCGCCGGCUAGUUACAAGUAUUCCUCUAGCCGAAGCACUGUGGCAGCGGCAUCCAAAUCCGAUCCGACCAGUUGGCGUUUAAACUUUGAUCGCUUGCUUUCGGAUCCCGAGGGAAUUCAAGUUUUUCAGACCUUCCUCGCCUCGGAGUUCAGUGAGGAAAAUUUGGAUUUCUGGUGUUCUGCUCGCAAUUGGCGUAUCCACUUCCCCGGAUCACGUGCUGUGAAAGAAGCCGAGAAGUUAUUUUCCACCUACUUGGAUUCCACUUCAAUGAAAGCGGUCAAUGUCGAUGCUGAGGCUGUGAAGUCUGCUGCCGGUCUGCUCACCACUCCUUCGCCUACAAUACCAAGACGAUCUCUUCGUAUUCUAACAGAUGUAUCGAAUAUGAGAGCCUAUCUGAAAUGUCGAGCUGAUCAUAACUUGAUGGCUCCAGAGGAACCGGAGUAUCUUGGUUUCAGUCAGGAAGAGUGGGAAGAGAUCGUGAAAGCUAAAAGUUGA